GGGGGGGCGAGAAGAGUCAGCUGGUCGAAAAGUGCAGGGUGAAAGCGGCGAAUGCAGAGUGUGUGGAUGUGUGCGAGCGUGAGUGUGCGUUUAUAUGCGAGUGUGUGUGUGUGUGUGUGUGUGUGUGUGUGUGCGCGCGUGUUUGUUCGUGUGCUAGGAAAGCACUUCGGGGGGACAAGGUGAAGACAACAGAGCUGUGGACAAGAGUGUGUUUUUUGGGUGGGGGUGCGAGAGUGGAGCGGAUUGUGUGGUGAUCCAGACCAGCAUAGUCGAAGCGCGCCGGGUGCUGCUCCGUCGUGCGUCCUGAACCCGAUCUAGAGCUGCAUCCUGCCCUUCCAUUACCGGUGCUGGUGAGAUCAAGGGCUCAUUCGCUGCAGAGAAACACUGCGGAAGCAUCAUGGCCUUAGCAGGGUGCCCUGACUACUUCUUGCGUCACUCGAACUACCAGGAAAGGAUGGACCAUACUUCCUCUCGCAGACCUGAAGAACUGAUUGUUCCUGGCUUUCAGCGCUCAGCCAAUCAGAAUUCGCAACAUCACCAUGAUGACGACGUGGACCUGGAGCAGCUGGUGAAUGACAUGAACUCCUCCAUGGAGAGUGUGUACUCCACGCAGGCAGACACUGCACUUCUCCUAAACAAUGGCCACGCUCACACUCCUCACCACCACCCCCACCACGUGCAGACUGCCUACCUGGGACACAGCCAGGCGCACCGCCGUCACACCCCGCCCCUGCACUCUUCCUCUUCCCCCUCCAGGGAAAGGCUGAAACACUCUCAGCCUAUGCACAUCCAGGCUGUCAGGUGCCUGCAGGAAGAGCAGCAGCUGCGUCCAGCCUCCCUGCCUGCCAUCCCCAACCCCUUCCCAGAGCUCUGCAGUCCAGCAGGUUCCCCGGUUCUCAGCCCCAUACAGACCUCAGACAACCACAUAGUGAAGGUGUGGAGCGAGGAUGGGGCCGGUAAAGUGGUGGAGAUCCCUGCAGACAUGACGGCCAGGGAUAUGUGUCAGCUGCUGGUCUACAAGAGCCACUGUCUGGACGACAGCGCGUGGACGCUGGUGGAGCACCACCCUAUCCUCGGCCUGGAGAGAUGUCUGGAGGACCACGAGCUGGUGGUUCAGGUUCAAGCCUCCAUGAGCAGCGACAGUAAAUUCCUCUUCAGGAAGAACUAUGCCAAAUAUGAAUUCUUCAGGAACCCCCUGAACUUUUUUCCAGAGCAGAUGGUGGCUUGGUGUCAGGAGUCUGAUGGCUCAAUCCCUCAGUCACAGCUCUUACAGAACUUUCUGAACUCGAGCAGCUGUCCAGAGAUCCAGGGUUAUCUGUACGUGAAAGAGCCUGGGCGCAAGUCCUGGAAGAAGCUUUACAUGUUCCUGAGGCGGUCUGGCCUCUAUUACUCUACUAAAGGAACAUCCAAGGAGCCCCGACACCUGCAGCUGCUGUCAGAUCUGGAGGACAGUAACAUCUUCACCAUCAUCACAGGCAGAAAGUUCCACAACGCCCCCACAGACUACCAGUUCUGCAUCAAGCCCAGUAAAGUGAGGAGUGACUGUAAGGAACUGAAGAUGCUGUGUGCGGAGGAUGAACAGAGCAGGACCUGCUGGAUGACCGCCUUCAGACUGCUCAAAUAUGGGAUAGUGCUGUAUCAGAGCUACAGUGGCCCCCAGCAGAGGAAGUCCAGCCUCUCGCCUUUCUCUGCGCCUGUGCGGAGUGUAUCUGAGAACUCCCUGGUUGCCAUGGACUUCUCAGGACGGACCGGACGCGUCAUUGACAACCCUGUUGAGGCCCAGAGCGCCGCCCUGGAGGAGGGACAGACCUGGAGGAAAAGGAGUCAGCGUAUGAAUGUCCUGGGAAGUCCCAGCCCCCUGCACCCCUCCUCUCUGAGCACAGUGAUCCACAGGACACAGGUCUGGUUUCACGGUCGCAUCAUGAGAGAGGAAGCCCACAAAAUGAUCAUACAGCAAGGCCAAGUAGAUGGGUUGUUCCUGUUGCGGGACAGUCAGAGUAAUCCCAAGGCGUUUGUGCUCACCUUAUGCCACCACCAGAAGAUCAAGCACUUCCAGAUUCUCCCGUGCGAGGAGGACGGUCAGGUGUUCUUCAGCCUCGAUGAUGGCGCCACCAAGUUCACUGACCUGAUCCACCUGGUGGAGUUUUACCAGCUCAACAGAGGAGUGCUGCCCUGCAAGCUCAAACACCCCUGCACCGCUGUGGCCUUGUGACACUCCACCCCCUCUCCCCCAACACCACACCCUCUUUUUUGCACACCUCUCACCUGGAGAUCCCCCCUCCCCCUUCGCCCCUCCUGACCGACACAACGGGGCUGAGGAAACAGAGAAAGGUUAUGUUACGGGGGAUGUGACCAACACGGUAGGGGCCGGCAUUGGAAGUUUGAUGUCCCCGGUGCUUCGCGCUUUUCUCUGCUUUACCGCUGUUUGGAUGUUUGAAUGGGACAAUCCGGAAUGUUUCAGAUUGUGGACAGCAGUUGCCCAACUCCUGCGAUGUUGUCAUGGAGACUGGCUGGUUAAUCAUUGCUGUGGCAAAAGACCACAUUUGGUUCAAAGACAGGACGGCUACAGUCACAUCUUUCCAGCAGUGCUGCGGGUGUCUUGGAUCCCUCCCUCAGAGCCCCUAACCCUUCAACCCCACCAAUUGCCCCCAUCCUCCAGGCCUGAUAAGCUGUGGUGCCCGCCCCACCCUCGCUCCCUCACAAGUGAGGCGGGCUGGGAGCGCCACCCUCUGACUUCCUCAUUGAUCAUCAGGGAUGGACGGGAACCUCUCUGGGUCUUAUCAAACUCGAUCCAGGAGUUUUCUCAACCUGUGCAGUCCAGUCUGGAUAAGCUCACAAACCUGCCCCUCCUCCCAACACCUUAGUCGGCUCGACAUGGUGGCUCCACUGUGUCCUGACCCACAAUCCCCCGAUGCAACACAAGCUCAGAGAAAAGUCCAGAGAGAAACGAGAAGUAGCAGAAGGCAAUACGAGCAGAGCAGUGGCGAGGGUUUGAUGAAAGGACAGAGGAAUGUUUAUCAGGAAGGCUGUAAGAGGCCUCCCUUGUAGAGUUGAUUACUUGAUGUCAUUUUAAUGCUGUUUUGUUACUGUUGAUUCAAUGCAGAACUAGUUUUGCACUCCCGGGCGGACAGACGACAGCUCUCUGGCUAAAUGAAGCUGCCUCCUCUUCCUCCUCCACUUCCCUUCUGAAAAGCAUGCAUGUGAAUUUCCAUCAGCUCUGAUUGGAUUACAGUGGCGUGGGAGCAAGGAGUCACAGCUGAUCAUGCAGUGCCUUUCAGAAAGGUUUAGGAACAGCUUGGACAUCCGUGUGGCUCGUACCAACAAAUCUGCACUACCCUAAAUGACGAAUGUGCUCCUAAACCAGCUGUAGAAUCUCAAAACUGCAAGGAAGAGGAGGAGGACUGUUAAAUAGACUCCUGAAAAGUGUGUCCACCCCCCAAGCUUCUACCAUUUCAGUCAUUUUAUUAUUUUUUUUAAAUCAAAGGGGUUAUAUCUGUCAGUGAAUUCGUCUUUGAAUGUCGUCUUCUUUUCCUCAGCCUGUUCUGAACUCUCUGCUUGCACAUUUUAGUCAUCCUAAUCUGGUAUCGAUGGGUUGGAGCUGUCAUGUUCGGAUUCUGACCACUGUUCCCUCAUAGAAAAGCAACAAAAGCACUCUCAUAACUUUUUGUUUUGUUUUGUUUUGUUUUAAAUAUGGAAUUUGAACAAAUGACUUGAAAUGUGAACUCGGCUGACUGGGAGUCGAAACACAGUCGAAUGAGCUUCACUCGCCUUAAGUGAAAAGCGUGAGCCGUGUGUGUAAAAUUAAAGCUAUGUUAAAAUGCACAUACAGGAACGCGUUCGGGAUUUUAAAAUUAUGUUGGGGAACGUUGCAAGAAUUUGCAAAAUAGUCUUAUUUGCUUUCUUGCCGAGCAAAUGUAUUCCACUCUCUUUUAGUGUAUGCCAAACAUGACACUACUGGGAGCAAAGCUAGCUCGCUUGGUUCUCUCCAAAGGUAACCCAAUUUGCCCACCAGCACCUCUGAAGCUAACUAACAUGUUAUAGGUUGUUGAAAACAACCUACUGUUUUAUUGCUUCUUUACUGGAUUGAUUGACUCAAAGUUAAACUACCUGUCUGCGGGCUGUGCUGCAGCUUCAUAUUCACUGCACAAACCACAGUGUUGGCUUUAUUCUCGAGUGUGUGAGUAAGUUCACAUGGUCAACAUGUCUUCAAGUCGAUCGAAGUCAUUCAGAUUGGAGAUUCCAGCUGAUAUGGAUGCUGAAUAAAAUGAUCUGAUGAGAAUUAUACGUUUACAUGCCCUGAAACAUCCAUCGGAAUAGAACUUUUUUUGAGAUGCAUAAAGAGGUUCGUCCUAGUGUGGAGUGUCAAGUCUGUCACAAUCAUAACAGAAGAAGAAACUUUUUCAGUUGAAAAGUGACUGGGACACACCUUCCUGUUUCCAAACAGGGAACAACUUCUUGUUCUGCUGCCUCCGUGUUUCCACUGUCAUCCCAUGUUUACCCCAUGCUGUGCGAACAUGCGCAGAAACAAAGCAUUUAUUCCAGUUAGAGAAAAACUAUUUCGAUCAAAUGUUUGCUCAGUUAUUAUUUUCCUUUUCAGUAGGUUAUCAAAGGUUUACAUCACCACUCUCCAACCAGUUAGAAAAUACCUUCUGAUCCAGCCAGUCUGUUCCAACUGAUGUGGUUUCAUGAAGCAUUUUUGGUUCUAUUGAGCUUUUAAUCACAUUAUUAGCAGAAUGCUAGUGUCCGUGUAAAUGUAGCAAGUAUGUCAGAUAAACAAAACACGAGGGUGGUAUCAAUCUUCCCUUAAAACUCGAAGCAAGAAAGCAAAUAAGGAUAUUUUCCACAUAUGUCUUUCUCAAAAUUAAUGAAACAUAUAAAUCCUCUUGGAGACAAUGUAGAAAAUAGAUCCCGGUGACUGGGUAUCUCAUGUCAGAUGUCAGUUGCUCACAAUAAUUCUAAAACGUUUCUGUUCUUGAAACUGAACUAAACAGCCAUUUUAGGACCAGGAAAUCAUGCAGACAGUGGUACAGGUGUUUAAAACAGUUCAAACUGCAUAACUGGCCAGUCAGUAAGUAUUGUGCGGAUUUAAUCGUUUUUUUGUUGUUGUUGUUUUUUUCCUUUUAUUUUUAUUUUUUUUGUUUAGCAAAAUCUUUGGCCAAUACAUGGGAUUUGGACUGUUGAGGCUGAAGAGUUCACCUUUGGCUGAAAUUUUAUCAACCAAAUUAUUCAAAGAUGAAACCAAAAGCAACCAAAACCAAUCCAUUUGGAAAACAAUCAGUAGUCACACCCCUUCACUGUUUGGCACACUGGCAGGAUUUUGCGUCCACUGGUCUGAUUGAGAAAAACUUGAUCAGGUGUCUCUCUGGUAGUUGUUGAAAGCAUUCUGGGAAGAGAAGUGAUAAGGAGGCAUGUAUGCUCUGAAAAGAAUUGGUCCAAAAAAAGAAGGCCCUUAUAUUUAAGCAAUUAGUACACAUAGGAGAGAGCAACCCACUCUAGAGCCCCCUGGUGGUAAGAUUAAAAACGGCAGAGUCAGUGCAAGGAGCACACGCAUGAAUUUUCCCCAUCAACUUUUAUAUAAACAGCGUGGUCGUGAGAGCAACUACAUUCACAUGUUAGAUUCACAUAAAAUUACCACUCAAAGUGGCUUCGGUAGAUCAUCUGAGUUAGAUUUCUGUUUCUUUGUCCACGAUGACAGUUGAUUUCUAGGAAUAUACGACAGGAAAGUCAGACAACACCUGUUAAUCUUCGUCCUCCACCCCUCACGCCUUCCCCUUGCACCUUCAGUCCAUCCUUUGCCACCUUUCCAGUGAACAGGGUUAUCAGGAGGCCACAUGACUCCCUGCUGACAAAACUCUUAAGUACUGUCAUUGACACACAAACCACUGCCGCCGCCAGUCGACUAAUCACGUGACUUGACCGACUCACCAGCUCUGCACUCCACCAAUCAGGCCUUUCUAGUCAGUCAGGGCAGACUCUCCCCAGGGAUUGGAUAAUGCUUGAACCCCCCACCCCCUCUCCCACCUGUGUCCAGCCUGUAAGCUAUGACCCCUGUGGUGAAUGUGUGUAUGUGUGUGAAUGGCUAGACUGUUAUAUUCACUAUUCAGGAUUGCUAACCCUGCUGGUUAUCAUACUUGCCUUUUAGAGACAGUUAGAGGGAAGUAGCUUGUUGGUUGGGUAAAGUCAAGUUAAGCCGUUUUUAAGGAUUUUGAGAAGACAGUAGUUUGGCUGGAGGUAUCCCAGCACUCCCAGUCCUCAGCUGAGGUUCUGUCCUUUCCUGUCUGUCAGAGAGGGACGUGAAGCCACACCGCUAAGGGGUUGUGGGGACAACUCACCGUCCUCUCCUUCCCCCUCCAAUUUUUAAUCACUGUGCUACAAUGCAAUCCUUUACAUGAGUCCAGUUAUAUGAAUAUACAAGUAUCAUUUGUUUUCUAAAUAUGUGAAGCUACGGAGAAGAUGUAGAUCUAACACUGUACCUAGGUCACAGAUCACUAUGUAUGGGGUGUUAUGCUUUUGCUCAUAACUCCAUGUAAAAUGAAGAAUGAUUUAUUUUGUCCUUUUUUUCAUUAUUUGAUUGUGUGUAAUGAUAUUAUUAUGUAUUUUAUUUGGUUUGCCACAAAAAUGACCCUUAUAUACGUAUGUGUGUGUGUGUGUGUAUAUAUAUAUAUAUAUAUACACACACACACACACAUAUGUAUAUAUAUAUAGAAUAUACCACAGUAUAUACAGUAUUAAAUUAAACAGUUCUGUUUUUUUAGACGAUCAAACUGGAUAUUUGGCAUGUGUCAAAUUUCUGAACAUCAGUUGUGCAUAUAAGCUGACAGGCUGUCAGGGUCUUCGACUCUGCCGGCAUCCAUUUCUGUUGCCAUUUACUUUCUAAACCACAUCUAUCUUUUUGAAUAUCUCCUAUCUACCACCUCUGAUUCCAGUCAUCCAAACACUCCAGUAAAAGUUUGGACAUUAAUCUCACAUGCACACACAGCAGUGGUUUUUUAUCGAGAGCACACGCGCUAACGCUUAACCCGUGGGGAUAUUCUUAGCAGCUUUUAUAGACGUUUCAUUACACAUAGUGCAAUUAUACGCUGUAGCUCAAGAGGACUGUGGAUUUCAUUAUGUCCAUUUACUAGGGGUUUAAGGUGCACAACAAAGUCUUUUUCUUAACUAGGUCUUGCAGCAGGUGCCUCUUUCAGUAACAGUAACAGAGUCCUUAGUUGCCAUCCGUCCACUCACUGCAUUCAUUUACAAUUAGCUGUGACUGUGAAAUGUAACCUUACUGGAAUCAAUGUCAAGUCAACAUCACACACAAGUCCCAUGGAGUUUGGUGACUUAGAGUGAAACUAACUCAGUGUUAGUUGUGUUUUGUUGCUGGGUUGAAGAUCUCUUAAGCUAAAGUCAAAUAAACAUUUCAGGGAAUGAAAAAAGAUCAACCGUAUUUUUUUUAUUUUUUUUUCUUCACAUAACCCCACUGUGCUUGGCUUCAUUCUUUCUGUGCGGCUCCUGGAUCUACAUUGUAUCCUGUUCAGGUAUUUUUGUACAAAUAAGGGACUGAUAUAUUCUCUGUUUAUUGGAAAUUAGAAUAAAAGACAACAUUGCUAUAAACCAAA